AUGGCAUCUACAUCUCCAUCUCCAUCUCCACCCCCAAAUUCUCCACCUUCUGCUGUUCCACCAGCUUCCUCCAAUUCUCCACCACCUUUGCCUUCCCCUCCGCGUUCUACCCCACCAGAGCCACCAAAUGCUCCACCACCUCAGGUCAAUUCUCCUCCACCCACCAUUACUCUGGCACCUCAAUCCUCCCCCCCAACCAAUGUUGCACCACCUCCUCCAGCCUUGACCCCACCUCCUGUGGCUUCCCCACCUCCUACUACAUCUCCUCCUCCUCAGCCUACACCCUCUCCAACACCCUCUCCACCGCCAGCCAAUACACCGUCUACAUCUUCACCAGCCAAACCACCCCAGAAGUCUCCUCCACCUCCAGCAUCUAGCUCUCCUGAAAGUUCACCCCCACAAUCAGCAUUAGUGCCACCCCCUAAAUCUCCACCUCCAUUUCUGACCCAGCCAUCUCGUUCUCCUCCAGCAUCUCCCCCAUCUUCAAAUUCUUCCCGAAGGUCACAACCACCACCUAUAGUACUCACGUCACCACCACCUACUCCCUCUGUUGUGUCCUCACCAACAAACAACAACAAUUCCAGCACUAACGCACCAGAAAGUUCCCAAUCUGCAGGUGCUGGAGGCACUAUAGCAAUUGUUUCAGUACUUGUCUUUCUACUGCUAGCCAUCUUUGCAUCAAUAGGGUGGUGCAUAUGGAAGAGAAAGAAAAAGGCUUCUGGACUUGUUGGCGGUUACAUCAUGCCAGCCUCUCUUGGUUCUUCUCCAAAAUCAGAUUCCACCUUAUUGAAAGUGCAAAUAUCAGCAUCCAUCAAUGGAAAUUGCUCUGGCAGUGGUUUUGAAAAUUCACCACGUGAGCCUGGUGCCUUAGGCCAUUCAAGGACAUGGCUGCUCGUAUAUGAUUAUGUUCCAAAUAAUACUCUCUACUUCCAUCUUCACGGUGAAGGUGGACCUGUUAUGAAUUGGGCUACACGUGUACGGAUUGCUGUUGGUGUGGCUCGCGGAAUUGCUUACCUUCAUGAAGACUGCCAUCCCCAUAUUAUUCACAGAGAUAUCAAGUCAUCAAACAUCCUUCUAGAUAACAACUUUGAAGCUCUGGUUUCUGAUUUCGGACUUGCUAAAUUAGCUAUGGAUACAAAUACGCAUGUUACUACACGGGUUAUGGGAACCUUUGGAUACAUGGCUCCUGAGUAUGCAUCAAGUGGCAAGUUGACAGAAAAGUCUGAUGUGUUUUCCUAUGGAGUUGUGCUUUUGGAGCUAAUUACAGGUCGCAAGCCUGUGGAUACAACUCAACCCCUAGGGGAGGAGAGUCUAGUAGAGUGGGCUCGACCUUUGCUUAGUCAUGCACUUGAGACGGAGGAAUUUGAGGGGUUGGCAGAUUCAAGGCUUGAAGGAAAUUUUGUUGGGAAUGAAAUGUUUCGAAUGAUUGAGGCUGCUGCAGUCUGUGUGCGCCAUUCAGCCGCGAAGAGACCAAAAAUGGGACAGGUUGUGAGGGUGUUUGAUAGUAUGGCUACCCCGGACUUGACAAAUGGAAUGAAAGUGGGGGAAAGUGCAAUAUUUAACUCUGCACAACAAUCUGCAGAGAUUAGAUUGUUUCAGAGGAUGGCAUUUGGUAAUCAAAAUUACAGUACAGAUUUUUUCAGUCAGAAUAACUGGAGUAGUGAAGGCCAUCUGGCGAAUGGUUGUUAA